AAUCGGGGGCGCUGGGGUGUUUCAUGGAAGUGGAACUGGAAGUGGUCAAGCGAGCGUUUUCACAUUAGCUUAUCUUUGUUAUCUGUCAUUGACACGUAUGUUGUUAUGUGUAUUUUAUUGUUGACAUACAGUAACGUGUCCACGUAAAUCAUAUUCAACGAUUGUCUGGAUUCUCCGAAGACUUGAAGAUCAUCUAAGGCGAGUUUCGAGAGGCCCUCUUGUGUACAUGGCCCUAAGUGUGGUCACACCAUGAGUGGGGAGCCAGAUGCCUUGGCUGUGGUCAACCAGCUAAGGGACUUAGCUGCUGACCCACUGAACAGACGAGCUAUUGUAGAAGACCAAGGCUGCUUACCAGGCCUUAUCUUAUUUCUUGACCACCCCAACCCACAAGUCGUCUACUCUGCAUUAUUGGCGGUACGCUACCUGGCAGAAUGCCGUGCCAACAGGGAGAAGCUGAAGGGCGAGUUGGGCAUGAUGCUGAGCCUGCAGAAUGUCAUGCAGAAGGGUACGUCACCGGGAGAGACCAAGCUGUUGGCCUCAGAGAUCUAUGAGAUCCUGCAGAACUCCAGCAGUGCUGAAUCUGAGCAGGCAGAAACAGCUGCCUCAUGCCGCCGUAAGGCCCAGUUCUUCCUGGGCUCCUCCAACAAGCGGGCCAAAACUGUGGUGUUGCAGAUCGACGGUUUGGAUGACUCGAGUCGGAGGAGUCUCUGUGAGGAGGCUCUGUUGAAAAUCCGAGGGGUCAUCAGCUUUACCUUCCAGAUGGCUGUUAAGAGGUGUGUGGUCAGGAUCCGCUCUGACUUGAAGGCAGAGGCCCUGGGCUCCGCCAUUGCAUCAACCAAAGUGAUGAAAGCACAGCAGGUGGUGAAGGGAGAGGAUGGUUCUGAGGUGGUAAUCCCAUUCCAAGAAGAUUCCAGUAUGGUGGUCGAACAGAAUAUGGACUUGCCAGACUACUUGCCUGAGGAUGAGAGUCCAGCUCAGGAGCAGCACAAGGCAGUGUCCAGGUUGGGAUCCAUGCAGGACGGUGUGGGCUGGCUGAGCACGGCUGCUAACUUCUUGUCCCGCUCCUUCUACUGGUGACACACGGGCAUACAUCACCCUCCCCAAAAAAAACCCAGCCCAGCUCCCAUUGCUGCUGCCCCUGAAUGUGCUGGAUCGCCACGUGUAUCUCGCAAUAACCUUAACUGUCUCUGAAACGCAGAAACACUAUUGCAGGCUGCUGCAAAACCGAAGUCCUCCUAAAGCUCACUUUAGCGCACGCAACACAAGAGACACUAAGCCAUAGAGCAACACAGACGGGUUUCAGAACGAACGUGUCCUCUGUAGCUGCUCUUUCUUGCCCAGCUAUUUUUUUGUUCUUGGUCAGAAGACAGUUUCUAAGAUGGUUUGCUCCAGUUUCUCCUCAUGGGUCCAUGUUUCUAAUACCAAACAGCAUUGAGUUUGUGUGCAGUUUUUGGAGAUUUCUUGGUGCUCGGUCAGAUUGCAGAAGCUUUCUGAAGAUGGGUCAAUUUUGUAUGAUGGAACUCUUCUGGUGCAUGAGGUUUGGGUGCUUUGUUAUUAUUUUUUUUUUUGUUUGUGUAUUUUGCCCUUCAUCUCGGCUCUUGUGUAUUUUUAUCAUCCUUAAUCUCUUUUGCCAAUAAUUUGAUAAUCCUUUUUGAAUUCACUUUACCCCUUUUAGGGACUUUUCGAAGCAUGCUAAACUUUCGAUGCCUUUUUCAUCCUCUGAGUCUUUAUCCUUUUGGUAUGUGUGCCUUUGUAUUGCAGUUUGUGAUUCAUUUUGUGAUCCAUUUUCAACAACUUCUCUUUUUUGAAUCUUUUGGCGCUUUAUGUUCUGAGAUGGGAAAUCACUUGCUAUCAUUUCUGUACUCCUGAAUCUUUGGUCAUAUGGAAAACUGAUUGAGUGAAUGAACUGGAGAACCACCAGCAAUGGAUGCGACAGUGCAUCAUUAAGCAAACCCAUGUAACCUAAUGACUAACCUUAAUGCAUGCAGAAAAAGGGAAAUGCACCAUGUCAUUGCUCUAUUUGGAAUACUAACCGUCUCUGGUUACGCUAUGUGCCAAGCACUGUAGUAACUUCUCUAAAGACUAACCUAUAGACAAGUACUGUAUUUCUGACCAUUGAUAAGUUUGAGUAGGACAGCUUAACUCUUCUGUGUGACUUUUUUCUUUUUUUAAAUCCCUUGCUCGUUCUUGUUGCUCAUGACUUAUGUUUUCCUUCAUCACAGACUACCUAUAGCAUAAAUACUGGUCAGUUCUAGUCCUCUUAAUUCUUAAAAUAACAUUAUAUUCAGUAUAGCUUCAAGCUUUGUUCAAGGCCUUGCUCGUUUUUGAGCUUCAUUGCCACCCCACUUGCCAAAUGCACGGUCAGUGCCUGUCAUUUCUGCAUGCAAACAGCAGCUCAAUAUCUUCAAUUUAUCUCUCCAGAUAAGUGUCUUUUACAACUAGAAGUAGCCCAUCAGCUGGCCACUCAUAUCUCCGAGCAUUCCCACAAGAGCAGAAGGUGUUUCUGCUCCAGGAUCUGUGGAAGGUGGGUAAUUGGUGGUAAUUGGCUGAGUCAUGUACCCCCUUCUUAUUACAGCAUGAAAAUAGUGCCCCGAGUAUAUUUAUAUCUAUCAUUGUCUUUAUUGGUAUUGCAUCACUUCCUUAUUUAAGUAUUUGCACGAAGAGGAGCUCCAAAUUACUCUACACUUCUAGGAGGUGCCACUGGUUCCUGAAAGACCCUUUCAUUGGAUGGUUCUUUAAAGUAAUACUCAACUGUUUUUGAACCUAAUCUCUAUAUGCUGUAUCUGCAGCAUAUGUUCAAUAACCACAGACCCUCAAGUGGUGCAACUGUCUAAGCACUGGCCCUGUUAUGAGGAGACCACAAAUUCUAUAGCCGAUGGUGCUACAGUUAUCCAUAGCCAAGAGAGCACAGUUGGCCUUGCUCUCUGAGUGGGUGGGAUGGUCCUCCCUUUCCCACAAAACUCAGCACGAUGCUAUCCAACGCAGGUAUCUGUAAGCUUACGUAACAAUACUUGAACAAUACUAGAGGAGAACUUAGAGUUCUCCUCUAAGCAUGUUGAACAGUCAAAUAUUGCUACAUAUCAUAGUACUGUGAAAAUGUAGUAGCUGGCUUCAGACCUGCUGGUGUGUGGUCAUGGGUGCUGUUUCUCUUCAAAUGAUGCACAAAACAUGUUUUGUGCUGUUAGAACCCCCUGCUGGAGAAACUCCACACUGCUACACAUGAGCAGUAGGUUUUAAUGCUACAUACACAGGCUUUACAUAUUACAAAAUGAGAUUGUUAGCGGAUGCAAAUUUUACAUUUGAUCUGAACCGUUGACACACUAAAACGGCAGAAAAUGCUGAGAAUGCCGAGACGAUAUGUCACACUUUGGCGAAACCUCCAGUAGGGACAGUGAUAGUGUAUUGUAAUGUAGUCUAAUGACUUAUUAAUGCCUCAAAAUAAUUGCGUAGGUAGUUAAAGGGAAUAAAGCAUUAAUGUACAUAAUGUUAAUAUUAUUUAGUCUGUUAAUUUUCCUUCCCAUGAAUUAUCACAGUGGAAGUAUCUUCAGCGUCGAUUAUUAUUGUCCAUGGUCAUCUACUGCUACAACUAGAGAGUAGGUUUAAAAAAUGCUGGAAUGUUCCUUGAAAGGACCAUCUGCUGAAAGGUUCUUUAGGUAACUACGAUUGGUUCUUGUUUGGCAUUUCUCCAGAAAAAAAACCCUUUUGCCAAUUUCAUUUUUAAGAAUACAUUCUUUACUAGAGUCUGGCCUUUCCUUAGUAUAGCACCACAGGUCCUUAGACAUGUCCUUAGACAGGUCUUCCCAGUAAACCCCUUUUAAAUGACAUUAUUUGCAUUUUUUUUGCUUAAUUUAAGAUGAAUCUGCCUAUUACAAAUUACAGUCUGUCCACUGGAUUUGCAUUCGUGUUCCAGAGUCAUUAUGUGACUGUAAAUUUGACCGUCAUCACUUAAAUGUUACAAUUACGAACAAAGAGAAGAAAAAGGUCAUCAGUAUUAUAUUAAAGUGCAAAAUUGUUGGCCACUUUUUUCUUGCGCACAAAUCCUACAUCGACUAAUUUUGUUGCAUCUGUCAUACUGUUGUUCUUGAGAUGUUUUUAAAUCAUUUAGUUUCUUCCCGGUGAAAAGUGUUUUGCUUUUAGACUGACCCCAAGUGACUUCCAUGACUUCAGGAAGGCUGUUAGACUGUAGCAAAUCAUAGAUGUAGUAGCUUCUCAUGUAUAGUGUAUAUCUGCUAUUAUAUGUGUAAAGAAUAUCAGGUCACACAGAGUUGUUGCCUGUUCACAGUAAUGGCGGUUAUUAAAUAGAUUAAAAAAUGUU